GCCGUCCGACGCCGGCGGUGGGAAUUUGGAAUUUGGAAUUUGGAAUUGGAAGGUCGCAAGUGCCGUGUCUGCUUUCCUGGCUCCUGGAGCCUCGAAUCCACCUCGUCUCAAUAGCCUGCUUUGCGCCGCUCGCUCAUCACUGGUCCUUCAGGAUCCCCUAGGAGAGAUAGCAAUCCGUUCCUUUCCCCAUGAGCAAAUCAAUUCGUCGCCGGCUGUGUAUCGUCUUGGCUCUCGCGAUAUCUCAUUGCAUCGUCACGCAGAUCCACGAUCCGCCAAAAUUGUUGUCUCUAAGCCCGGGCUUCUGGUCCCUGUACUUCGUACGGUCUUGGUCGACAGUGCCCCACCACGACUUGGCUUCGGCUGGGCCUGGGCGCACCAUUCAUGACGCCGUUGCUCGUAUUUAGUCGUCUUACUUUCAGGGUUGCGAGGCGUCAGGAGACGCCUUAAACAGCGGAAAAGAUACUCGUCGCAUCUCCGC